AUGGCAAGAAUAUACCUUUGCUCCUGGAUGGCCCUGCUGGCGGGCGCAUUUGCCCAGCUGCAAACGUUUUCCCCCCCUGGACAGAGCGCUGUCAGCUACAGUGUUAAUAUACCCUCGACGACUGCCUCGUCCGGUUCCGGGCCAAUUUACAUUCAGCUGAAGUCAACGCAAGAGCUUGCAUGGUUUGCAUGGGGUCAGGGUUCCCGGAUGCAAGGAGCGAACAUCUUCGUUGCUUAUGCAUCGCAGGACGGCACUAAUGUCACCGUCUCUCCGAGGUUAGGCAUAGAGCAUGUUGAGCCGACGUACAAUUCCCAGGCUCAGAUCUCGCUCCUGACUGGCAGCGGGAUCAAGGAUGGAAUCAUGACCGCAAACAUUCGGUGCAACAGCUGCCUCGCAUGGCCAGGAGGAAGUGAAGAUCCGAAUAACCCGGCUAGUCCGUGGGUUUGGGCCGUGAAAUAUGGCAUCCCACUCCAUUCAGACAGCCUGUCGUUCCCGAUCACCAUACAUGAUGUUUCCGGUGUUGCAGUUCUUGACCUCCAAGAAGCAAUCGGCGGCGCAUCCGACAAUCCUUUCUUAGCAUCAAAUAAUUCGAACAGUGCUGGGCAAGCGCUCACGACAUAUAACAGCGGAUCAAUUGCGCGUCUCAGGGUAGCACAUGCUGUCCUUAUGAUCCUUGUCUUUGUCAUCUUCUUCCCCUUGUUUGCGUUGAUGCUUCACACCGGCACACAUUCGAGGAUUGUUGACUUUCACGCUUUUUUCCAGCUUUUCACUCUGGCCGUGGCUAUAGCUGGGUUUGGUAUCGGCAUAUCGUUGGCAAAAUCCCUUCACCUGGUAGGGACCUACCAUCCGAUCAUUGGGAUGGUGGCUGUUCCUGCCCUCAUUCUUUUCCAGCCAGCCAUGGGCUUUCUUCAACACAGAUACUUCCACAAAACCGGAAAGAAGAGUGUUUUUGCCUACUUGCACCGAUGGUUUGGCCGUUCGAUUAUUGUUCUGGGUAUUGUCAACGGUGGGCUAGGGUUUCAUCUGGCACGGAACGUCACCUCAACUGCCCCAGUCGGGGCAAUAGUCGCCUAUAGCGUGGUGGCUGGAAUUAUCGGGCUUGCCUAUGUCCUAGUGGUCAUCUUCCUACCUCUGAGAAAACAGAGAAGGCAGAGAAAGCCGGAUUCCUGA